UCAAAAUCUUUUUUGGCAAAACCAUCCAAUUAUUCUUCGUUCCCGUCAACCCCCUUUCUCCAUAGCCUCCGCCCAAGCCGGAGUUUCUCCAUUUUCCUCCCACGAUUGAUCAAUUUCGUGUUCUCGAGACCAGAUAGGCGCCCGCAUCCGACUGCGAACGCCAAGCCACCCCAUGACGAUCGAGCAUGGCGGAGCCUCCUUCUUCUUGAUCGAUCGCCGUUGCUGUUGACGCGACAAGCGGCGCGUUCCACGCCGAUGUGUUUCCUCUUGUCCUAGCUAGCAUAGGGAGAGGGGGCCGAUCUGAUCUGAUCUGUUUCGGCGAGAUGCACAAGCGUUCCAAAUCCUGCGAGCCGUCCAGGAACGAGCAGCGCGGCGGCGUCCAUGGGCCCACGGCCUCCGACGACUCGAUCACGGGCAAGGUGGCGUCGUCCUCCUCGGCGACGGUGCAGUGCUCCACGAUGACGGUGUACCUUGUCAGGAUCAACGGCACCGAGCACCUCGUCACCGCCGUCUGGAACAAGAACAUCAUCAACCAGUCCUUCACCAUCACCAUCGAUCGCCACGGCGACGGCACCGGCAGCGGCAGCGGCGACGACGGGACGCUCAGCCUCAAGGUGGAGCUGAAGCCGUGGCCGUUCUGGAGCAAGAAGGGCCUCAAGAGCUUCUUCCUCGACGGCCACCGCUUGGACGUCUUCUGGGACCUCCGGUCGGCCAAGUUCCCGGCGAGCAGCCCGGAGCCGGCCAGCGGGUACUUCGUCGCGUUGGUGAGCCAGGAGCAGGUCGUGCUCACGCUCGGCGACCUCAAGAAGGACGCCUACAAGCGGAGCAAGUGCCGGCCGUCGCUGGAGGACGCCGUGCCGUUGUGCCGCCGGGAGACCGUCUUCGGCAGGCGCAGCUUCGUGGCGCGGGCGUGGCUCGACGCCAGCAGGAAAGAUCGCGACAUUGUCAUCGAGGUCUCGCUAGCCGGGCCAAGGGAACCGGAAAUGGCGAUCACGGUGGACGGCCGCGCCCUGGUGCAGGUCAAGAACCUUCAGUGGAAGUUCCGGGGCAACGAGACGGUGCUCGUCGACCAGUCGCCGGUGCAGGUGCUCUGGGAUGUGCACGACUGGAUCUUCGCCGGCCCGGGCUCGCAGGCGGUCUUCGCCUUCAAGCCGGGUGCUCCGCCGGAGGUCGACAGCGACGAGGCCGGGUUGGAGAGCGGGAGUGGCAUUCCGGGCGACCCGGCGGAUUACAGCUUCUUUCUUCAUGCAUGGAAGACGGACUGAGGCUGGGACAAUCAUCUUCUUUUACUUCCAUGUCUUUUACUUUCAUGUACUGCCGAAACGGAUUCGUUUAUAUGAAAACGGAUAGCUUAUUCAAAAGGAACUUCAAAUCA